CAGGGUAUGGUAACAAAGAGUGGCUUUAGUAGUGAGCUGUGACUAGUGAGCCAGUCGUGUCCUGAGUCCAGGGCUGGAUGACUAGAUAACAGCAUUCCUGGACUUCUUCUCUGCCGAGCUCCAAAUGAUUAUAAGCACUCCUCAGAGACUGAACGCCGGAGCAGAUCUUCUCAUAAGGAGACAGUUCUCUACGGCUACCUCAGCCAUGGUCACUCAGAGCCACAUCACAGACACAACCAGCUGGAUUCCUGGGGACAGAAAGCGUUCCCGAGAGUUUAUAGAGGCCGACUUCUCUGAGGGCAAAAGGAGUAAAAGAGGGGAGAAGAGUGGAAAGGGUCUUCGGCAUUUCUCUAUGAAGGUUUGUGAAAAGGUUCAAACCAAAGGCACUACAUCAUACAACGAGGUAGCUGAUGAGUUGGUGGCUGAAUUUACCACCUCUGCAGGUCACCUGGCCACUGAUUCGGCUUACGAUCAGAAGAAUAUACGGAGGAGAGUUUAUGAUGCCCUCAAUGUACUAAUGGCAAUGAAUAUUAUCUCUAAGGAGAAGAAGGAAAUUAAGUGGAUUGGUCUGCCAUCAAACUCUGUCCAGGAAUAUGAGAAUUUAGAGAUGGAGAAACAAAGGCGAAUAGAACGCAUCAAACAAAAGAGUGCUCAGCUCCAGGAGCUUCUGCUGCAGCAAAUUGCAUUCAAGCACCUGAUUCAGAGAAACAGACAGAGUGAACAACAGAGCCAAACGCCACCAGCAGUGAACUCCACCAUCAAACUGCCCUUUAUUAUUGUGAACACCAGCAAAAAGACUGUGAUUGACUGCAGUAUAUCUAGUGACAAGUUUGAAUACCUCUUUAACUUUGACAAUGCCUUUGAAAUCCAUGAUGACAUUGAGGUUCUGAAGAGGAUGGGGAUGUCAUUUGGACUUGAGUCUGGCAAAUGCACAAAAGAAAACCUCAGUCUUGCCAAAUCCUUUGUUCCAAGAGCCUUAGAAGGAUAUGUAACAGAGAUGGCCACAGGAAACUCUUGGGUGGAACAAGGUCUUAAUUGCAAUGCAUCACAGUGCUCUGCCGUGACCGCUGCCGGCUCUACCACCUAUUCACAGACGAGCAUGAAUCCAGGACUAUUUUUUGACAACGAGGUAUCUCUGACAAACAGCAGCCAUCACUCCAGUUCAGGAACAUCCCAUUAUACAGAAUCUCGGGGAGAAACCCCCUGCUCAUUCGACGAUGAAGAGGAUGAUGACGACGAUUCUUCCUCUCUGGAGUAACAUGGCCGUAAGAUGUGCACACGUGUGAAGUCAUGUGUAAACGUGUGCUCCUAGUCUAGUCUUCCAGCGCAAUUUCGAUGAACCGCAUCGAGAUCAAAGACUGAUAUUGAUCUAUAAGGAGGAGCAGUGGAUGCAGUCGUAUGUGCAAAGUACUUUCAGAUGGCCUCUUGAUUGCCAAGCAAUGAUCAGAUCACACCAGCAAUGCUGAUUAGUUUUGUUUGUUGGGCUGAAUCUAAGAGGAUCACAAGCAGGGUAUUUGAAGUGAUCUAUUUCCACUGCUCUUGAUAUAUGACUGCUGCAGCAAUGACUUAUUUAAUUCCUAUCACAAGCCUAAGGCCACUCCAGUGAUACGGAACAUCUAGAUACAUUAGGCAAGAUGCCUUCUAACGACUUGUGGAAUACAUGCUGCUAUGUACGGAAUGCUGCAGAUAUAGGGAAAAAGCUCAUAUUUUUGUCUGUCAGACCGAUUGCCGAAAACACAGAACUUCAAGUUUUAGCAUCACCCUUGAUGUCUAGAAGGGAAAAUUGUGCUG